AUGCUGCGACGGCAAGCGCGCGAGCGGCGAGACUACCUGCAUCGACGAGCGCUCCAACUCCGAGAUGCCUCAAUCGCGGAGAAACGAGCACUAUUGAAGAAGUCACUGGCAACCGGCAAAGGUCUCUCGAAGGAUGUGGCUGAAGACAAGCAGCUGAGGAAGGACUACAAGUAUGACGAAAGCCUCGAGGCGGCACAAGAAUCGCUCGACGACGAGUAUGCUGCCCUCAGUGGCCUGAUCGACCCUCGUCCGCUAGUCACGACCAGUCGAUCGCCCUCCACAAGACUAGGCACCUUCAGCAAAGAGAUCCGGCUGAUGUUGCCAACCUCGAUCCGUCUCAAUCGAGGCGGCCUUAUCCUGCCCAAUCUGGUCCACAGUGCCAAAGCUGCACAACUCAGCGACAUUAUCCUUCUCCACGAGCAUCGAGGCACUCCCACGGCCAUGACCAUCUCACACCUGCCGCAUGGGCCGACGGCGAGCUUUUCGCUACACAAUGUCAUGUUGAGGGCUGACAUCGCUCAAGCCGACAAGGCUUCGAAAGUCAGCGAAGCAUACCCACACCUGAUCUUCGAGGGCUUCACCACAAAGCUGGGCAAGCGGCUCGUCCAGAUCCUUAAACAUCUGUGGCCGCCCAGAGACGGUCCACAUCGCGUCGGCAAUCGCGUCAUCACCUUCAAGAACAACGACGAUACUAUCGAGGUUCGCCAUCAUGUCUUCGUCCAGACGUCCUAUCGAGAGAUCGAGCUCGCUGAAGUCGGCCCACGAUUCAGCAUGAGGCCUUUCGAGAUUCGCACUGGUUCAAUCGAGAAAGACUCUGGAGGCGAGAAGGAGUGGGCUUUGACACAGUACACUCGCACCGGAAGAAAGAAGAGCUAUCUUUGA